AAUUCUGAAUGCAAUUCUUAUCAGUCGGCAUUUGAAAUUCAAAACGAGAAUAUCAUUCAUCCUGGUCUUCGUUUUUGUUUUCUUGAUAUGAUGAAAAUCGUUUUAAUUUUAUGUUUAACCGCAUUAGUUUUGGUCAGUGCGCGACCCGGUUGUCCGGGAUGUGUAACUCAUCUAACGGGCAAUAAAUUGAAGGAUGCAGAAGGUACACUAAAUUUUUCCUUAAGUAAAUUGGCUGCUAAAGAUGGACCAUACUAUAGACUUCUUAAAGUCAAUGCAGCUUCUACACAAGUUGUUGCGGGUAUUAAGCAUGUUAUCAUUGCCGACUUGAUUGACAAUAGCCAGCAAACGAAGACUUGUAGAAUAACAAUCUGGUCCCAACCUUGGUUGCCCAAUGGUACUGAAGUCAAUUUUGAAUGUCCCGGCGAAGAAAAGAUCACUAGGCGACAUGGUUUAUAAUUGUCCAUUGAAUAAUCAAGAUACAAUAAAAAUAUAUUUAUAUACAUUCUGUGAAA